CGACAUAAGAUGGUUACUACUCGGCCCUUGUAGCGAGAAGAAGAUGUCGACGCAGGGCGGGUUGAAACACGCCUCCACCGAGCCGUCGCGACUCGAUAAACGGGAGCGACGGCGCGGUGCUGGUGGCCGAGCAGCCGCUCUACGACGCGCGCCGUCCGAUUCGGACUGCUCGGGCGAGACUGCGUCUCUGUCCGCCGAUAGCGGCGACCGCGUACGCCCCGCACCGCCACCGCCACGCACCACCAAGACACGAAGUCGGCGGCGAGGUAGUGAAUGGGAGGUUCUGGAGGGUCUGAAAGACGGGCAGCGCUUCGACCGGCGGCCCGAGGUGUUCAACGGAUAUCUCCACAAGAAGCGCAAGUGGCCACUGAAAGGAUGGCACAAGCGUUUCUUCGUAGUUGACGGCGGUAUUCUAGUUUACGCCAGAUCACCAACAGAUGUAGCACGGGGUCGGCUACACGGAUCUGUGGACGUCGGUCUGUCCGUCAUUUCAGCUAAGGCGCGGCGUCGACGUAUAGAUAUUGAUGCAGAUGAGUUCAUAUAUCACCUGAGAGCAAAAACGCCAGACGUCUUUCGCACAUGGCUCAAUGUUCUGAAAGCGCAUCGAUUAUACCGUCAACAUCUGCUCACUUUUGGAGCGCGGGAGUCAGUACCGAAAAUCCACGCGCCACUCGAAGAUCUGCCGCCAACAGAUAACUCGUCGCGCCUGAUUAGUCCUACCUCGCCGCCGCUGCGCGGGCCACAGGCCGGCUUCGUGUCUGGUACGCCUGGCGGACGCCUGGCCGGCUGGAUUAUAGAAUCGGGUGGUCCACUAGAAAACGCGUCACGCGAGUUGGGGCAGGCCCAAUUGUCGGUACAGCAACUGCAGAGGCUGUUAGAUGCAUUGGAACUACAACAUCAGGCGCAUCAUGAUACUGAUGUAUCCCUGGAAGGUGCGUCACCAAACGUCAAAAAAGAUAGACGCAAAUUCGGACUCCGCAAGAAGAAGUCUAACAGCAAAUGCGCCUCAGUAGAGCUCGCUCCACCUCAACACAUCGACGCGUCCAGCUCGCACAUGGCUCUGUCAACUUUAACUGCACCCCCCUCACCAGGCGGGGGUGCCUCCUCAGUUCCCAACUCUGCUUCCUCUCUGCCCAUAGCGUUUCUAUCUACUUUUCUGGCCUCUACUUUAGUUCCAUGUGCCGCUGCGAGGCCACAAUCACUACCCGGUGCAGAGUCGUUAGGCGCAGCGGCUGGACCUGCUUCUCUGACCAGCUUAACACCUGACCAGCAACUCAGGGAGGACUUCACCAUAUUGGCUAAAGAUCUGCUUGCUACAUUGAAGGGCGUUGUUGCUACAUUAGUAUGCGAACGCGGGCGCCUUCGAGCGGCAAUGGAGGCGGCGGAAACGACCGCGUCGCCAACCGGCGCCGUUGUCUCCGCUCUCCGGACAAACCUUACAUCCGCGUUACAACAGAACUCAGAGCUGCGGUCGCGACUCUCGCGCAUACACGACGCGUCCGAUCUCGCCGAGGUAUCCUCUGUCAACAACUCCGAUCCGGUGAGUGCUGUGAACAGACAUCUCCAGCAAUCGCUGAGCUAUAGCUCUUCAUGCGUGUCGGCGUCAGAGUUUUUCGACGCGGAAGAACACGACAACGAUUUAAAACAAGCCGACAUACUAGCCGGAGAUGAGGCGGGCGUAAUAGAGUUAGAUGGCGACUCCUCGUCGGAAGCGGGGUCUCUGAGCAGCGAGGAAGGCUCCGCCAGCUCUGACAACUCCGAUGGCGCUUUGCUAUCGGCGGAGCCAGUGACGCUGACGCAGAACGGCGUGGAGUCGCGGCCCGCGUCGUGCUGGACGCGGCGCACGGCGCUGCCCUCGCCGCGGCCCACGCCGGGGGGGCCCUCGCUGUGGAACCUGCUCUACAAGAACAUCGGAAAGGACCUCAGCCAGAUCUCCAUGCCGGUCACCAUUAACGAGCCCCUCAACAUGCUUCAGCGGCUGUGCGAGGAGCUGGAGUACUCGGAGCUGCUGGACGCGGCGGCCGAGUGCCGCAGCGCCGUGGAGCGCAUGGCGCUGGUGGCCGCCUUCGCCGUCAGCGCCUACGCCGCGUCCGCGCACCGCGCCGCCUCCAAGCCCUUCAACCCUUUGCUCGCCGAGACCUACGAGUGCGUGCGCGACGACCGCGGCUUCCGCUUCGUCGCCGAGCAGGUUUCCCACCACCCCCCAAUCUCAGCCUGCCACGCAGAAUCCCCCCGUUGGAUCUUCUGGCAAGAAGCUCGCAUCAAAACCAAGUUCUGGGGCAAAUCCAUGGAGUUCCAGCCCACUGGGCGGGUGCAUGUACGCCUGUUAAACACUGGCGAUCAUUACAGCUGGAAUAAGGUGACAACAUGCGUGCAUAAUCUUUUCGGUGGACAACGAUGGGUGGAUCAGUAUGGCGACAUGCACAUCACUUGCCACGGGACAGAUAUCACAUGCAAACUUAAUUUUAUUAAGGCGAGCUCGUGGUCGAGUAGUCGCCACGAAAUCCGUGGUGCAGUCACAGAUAGCAGUACCGGGACUCGACUACGGCUUCAAGGGCGAUGGUCGGAAGCACUGUAUGCGGGAGAUCCACCUGCAGCGAGGUGCCUCUGGAGACCAGGAGCAAUGCCGCCCGAGCACGAGCUGUACUACGGCUUCACCCGCUUCGCGAUGGAGCUCAACGAGCUGGAACCCGGCAUGCGCGAGCUGCUGCCGUCCACCGACACCAGGCUCAGGCCCGACCAACGCGCGCUCGAAGAAGGGGACGUGGACGCCGCGGAGCAGUUUAAGCAUGAACUGGAACAGGCUCAGCGCGAACGAAGGAGGGACAGCCCCGAACACACACCUGCUUGGUUCCGCAAAAUGCGCGAAGACGGCGAGGAGACAUGGAUGUUCACGGGCGAGUAUUGGUCUGCCCGGGAGUCGGGCUUCCCCAAGCUGCGCGCGCCCAGGAUCUGGUGACUGCGGCGAUGGCUCUUCAUACACCGUAAACCCGCAUGCGAGGUGCUCUGCUAGGUUGUGCGUCGCUUCCGCUUAACGCGUAGCUUUAGCCUUUACUCUACUACUUAUUACGAUACCUAUACUGUGCUCCAAA